AUGAGGGUAAAGAUCUCUGAAGCGAAGACUGACGACGGCCUAACCAGCAUUCUGGAGCUGAUGCAGACGGAGACGAGCGAUGGAGCCUUGUACCAGUGUCGAGCUGGCAACCCAUUCGGCGCUGAUGUGUUCAGCGUGCAUCUUACUAUUUUGGAACCACCAUCACCCCCAACGGACUUAUCCGUGGAUUCCAUCAAGAGUCGAUGGGUGAAGCUCUCCUGGCGCGACAUGGCUCGCUCCCUGGCGCAGUUCUACAGUCUUCAGAUCACCAACAGCCAGCGGCUGGCCUGGUCGAGUGCCAGGACUAUCAAUGUCACCAGGCUAGACGACAUCCGCCACUCCAUCGAGAUCGAAGACCUCCAGCCUGCCACAGGUUACACCGCGAGGGUCGCUGGAGGGAACCAGGCGGACCUCAGUCACUACUCUACACCUGUGAGGUUCACCACCACUGAGGAGGCCCCAUCAUCACCACCUCUCGGAGUGCAACUGGAACAAACUGACUCCCCUGGAGAGCUCAGGGUGAAGUGGCUACCUCCACCGGCUGAUGCUCACAACGGCCUGAUCAUUGGGUAUCGGGUGAAGGCUGUUCCUCAACUCAAUGGGAUGAUAGAGACCGAAGAAGCCAGCGAUAAGACCAUAAAAACUACCUCCUUAUAUUCCAAGCAGGAGACUGUUAUUACGGGAUUACUUAAAGGCGUGAGGUACGCAGUAUCCAUAGCAGCGUUCAACGGGGCCGGCUCAGGGCCGUAUUCGAUUCCUUUGUUUCAAGACACCAGGGAAGGCGCCCCAGAAGAGGCGCCAUCUUCAGUGGAAUGUGGCGGAGUGACGUCAAGCGCUCUGCGAGUGAGUUGGCAGCCGAUACCGCCGCACCGACAGGCUGGGGCACUGAUCGGGUACAAUGUGCUCUAUGCUGCGCAGGGUCGACAAUGGAUCAAUGCUACUUCGCUAGUCACUGAACUACGGCUUCAAAGCUUGAUGAAAUUCACCAACUAUACUGUAAAGGUGGCUGGCUUCUCAAACUACGGGCUGGGGCCGUUCUCCUUCCCCAUUGUCUGCUCGACACUCCAAGACGGACAAGACGCGUGA